GUGAAAAUUAGCACAGCAGGAUAUUUGUUCUCUGUGUGUUGAGUCCUGCAUAUGGUGCAUUUGAGCCCAGUCGAUUUUGAAAGAGAGAAGCGGAAAGACGUUACUCCUAUACAGCAGGUGGCGCUGUGGGAGCAGACACCACACCAAGGCUUCUGCGGUUUUCCCGACACAGACUGAGACGGAGGAGGUCCUUACUGAGUCGAAACUGCAGUAGAGCCCUGCAGGAGUUACAGCAAUUCAAUUAGGGUUUGGAGAGCGUUUUUAUUAGAAAUAAAUAGCUAUAGAUAAAUUUGUUGUUACUGGAGACAUACGCUUUAUCUCGGAUUGUUGUAAGCCAAGGGGCCUACAGAAUUCAGCAGGACUGGGAAUGGUUUAAUAUUGGCCGUUUGUUUUCCGCGGUUGGGGGGAAACAGAGUUUAGCAAGGCAAGGGGCCUGUCAGAUCUGCAUCUCCAGAGCCGACUGCACAAAAUAACACCAGCGGGGAGACCGGACAGACGCUGAUCAAACAGCAGCAGAUACAGGGAAUCGUCGUCUCGCUUGGAUUUCGCAGCGGGAUUGAAAAGGAAUCCUCCGGUGUGUUGGGACCUGCAGAAUACAAGGGACAGAUGUAUUAAUACGAGCACAAGCACAGUCACUUGAUUAUAAAACAAAGGGUACAGUUAAGCGUCAUAACCAGGAUAUAUCCCAAAAUUGAGAGCUGACAGUGGACAAGAGAUCCAGACGAUACACCACAACGUAUGCGUGAGAUCUUCAAAAAAAUACGCCUGCAUUUUCCAGUUGUCCCGGACCACGCAAUACAUUGCUACAGUCGAAAGCCCAUUCGUUUUGCAGCGGUAGGCUGAUGAGUUUUUAGUUAAACAUGUGCGGAAUAACAUUAACAAUAACAAGCAGCAGCAGCAUUAAUAAUAUAUUCUCUCCUCUGGGCUGGUAGUGAUAACACUGAAGCACGGGCAUCGGUAUAAUUUGAGGGCUGAAAAGGAACCUAAAGCAGGCUUGUUGAAGGAAACAUAGGCUACGUGGCCUUGCCAAAAGCACCAUUCAAUAUAUUCUAUGAUUUGAAUACAUUCUACCAGUGUACUGUUUUAUAUAUAUAUUGGUUUAAAGCAUAUGUGUAAAGUUAAUUAAAAAUUAGCAUUGUCAUCUUCUGGAAUUAAGGUCCAGCACCAGAAUGCCAAACUCGAAAUUUGCUUUACAGUUUUUCGUUUUUAAAUAAAAGCGUUGACAAAGCAAAUUGUAUGUUUGGAGUCAACCAGAUAUUCACUUAUAACACAGUACAUACCGUAUAUAUGAGUUACAUUAUAAUUCGUUGAACAUUUGUAAAAGAUGACCUAGCAAAAAUAGUUUUACGGCAACAGUAUAUUUAUUAUGAAUAAGUUAAACGUGUUUAUAUUAUUUUUUGAGGAAACGGAUAUUUAAUUAACCAAAUGUUAACUGUGCAGGAUGGGGAUCCGAUUUUAAUUACAGCUGUUGAGUAUUUUUGACUAGACUGCAAAAUAAAAGUUGUUUUUCUGGAACUGAACGGAUCGAACGAUCCCCUCCCUCCCUUUGUAUUGCACGGAAUCAGUGCGAUCUAAUUUAUUUGAUCCAUACGACGAGAAACCCCCAGGAAGCAUUGUGUUGCAACUAAAGCCUCGCCAUCUUAUACUUUUUAACCCCGCAACCGACAUAUUUAUAUAGGGAACUCGAUAUAUAAUACAUUGAACGCAACAUCAUGGAUUUCAGCAAGAUGGUCACCGUUUGGAUCGUGUGUUUGUGUCUCUUGAGUGAGAACUGGGCAGAAAAGCCACAGCAAGGAGGCCAGCACCAAGCAGAGCAAGAAGCAGAUUCCUGGGUCUCAGAGCUGUGCCGCAUUGAUGAAGUUCUGUGCCAGGAUGAGGCCGCCACCCUGAGCUUCGAAGCUAUCCGCAACAUCCACAAGCAGAUGGACGACGAUGCCAAUGGGAAUGUGGACGCUGUGGAGACCGAUGGGUUCCUGAGGGAAGACCUGAACUACCACGACCCCAAAGCCAAGCACAACACCUUCCACAGAGAGGACCAGCUCAUCAGCGUCGAGGACCUGUGGAACUCCUGGAAGGCAUCCGAAGUGUACAACUGGACAGUGGAUGAAGUGGUGGAAUGGCUUGUCACUUAUGUGGAGUUACCCCAGUAUGUAGAGACAUUCAGGAAGUUAAUGCUCAACGGAAGCAACAUGCCCAGGCUGGCUAUAAAGAAUGCUACACUGACUGGCAUUGUUCUCAAGAUAGGGGAUCGCAGCCACGUGCAGAAGCUCCAGCUGAAGGCACUGGACACUGUGCUGUUUGGACCCCCACUGAUGAACCGUCACAACCACCUGAAGGACUUCAUGCUGGUGGUGUCCAUUGUGAUCGGGAUAGGCGGCUGCUGGUUUGCCUACAUCCAGAACCGCUACUCCAAGGAGCACAUGAAGAAAAUGAUGAAGGACCUGGAGGGGCUCCAGAGGGCAGAGCAGAGUCUGGACGACCUGCAGCAGAAGUUGCAGAUCGCCCAGGAGGAGCACCGUACUGUGGAGGUGGAGAAGGUAACUCUGGAACAGAAGCUGAGAAACGAGAUCAACUGUGCCAAGCAGGAAGCCCAGAGACUGAAGAAGCUAAGGGAGGGGACUGAGAACGAGCUGAGCCGGCAGAAAUAUGCAGAGGAGGAGCUUGAUCAGGUGCGGAUGGCCCUGAGGAAGGCAGAGAAGGAGCUGGAGUCUCGCUCCAGCUGGUCUCCUCCAGAGUCCCUGCAGAAGUGGCUGCAGCUCACCCAUGAGGUGGAGGUCAUGUACUACAACAUCAAGAAGCAGAACGCGGAGCGCCAACUGCUGAUCGCCAAAGAGGGGGCUGAGAAGAUUAAGAAGAAGAGGAACACGUUCUUUGGCACGUUCCACGUUGCACACAGCUCCUCGCUGGAUGAUGUCGACCAUAAAAUCUUAACUGCAAAGCAGGCACUGAGUGAGGUGACGGCCACCCUAAGAGAGCGACUCCACCGCUGGCAGCAGAUUGAGAUGCUGACCGGCUUCGCCAUUGUCAACAACCCCGGCCUCCCCACACUGGCCUGCGCCCUGAACUUGGACCCCAGCUUCCUGGGGGGCCGCCCCGCGCCCCAGCACUUUAUCAUGACCGACGACGUUGAUGAUAUGGAUGAGGAAAUGAUGUCUCCUGGCACCCUCCAAUAUGCAGCCUGGUUGAUGGACCGGCAAUCCAGUGAUCACUGGCCAAUCAGCUCAGAGAAUAACUCCCUGUGGAAAUAUCCGGCUCCCAGUAUGAUGUCCCUGCGGCAGCGGCACAUCGACCCUCAGCUGGCAAUGGGCUCUCAGAGGUUGGUAGAGGGUUGUUAUGUCCCGGGUCAGCAGGGCGAGGGCAGCCUUUACCAGACCAGGACUAGGGUUUCCCUGCGGCAAGCUCGCAGUCACUCGUUCGGACAAUUCGAGGCUUUCGGGCCCCCCCCUCCCACUUCUUCUGCUCCCUCGCACCCUUCCGUCUCCACUUCCUCCUCUUCUUCCUCAUGUGGCUCCUCCCCUGCUCAUUCUGUCUUCCUCCAUCCCUCCCUCCAUUUCCAGCCCCUGGACACCAUUCCGGACCUCGCCCCUCCGGACAUCACCUCUGGGGUGUACCAGCGAUCCGACAGCUUGGGGGAUCUGAACCGUUCCGACUCGGACUCCUCCCUCUCCCAGCUUAGCGAGCAGCAGCGGCUCUCCAGUUCCUUUGGCUCUGGCUUCAAAUCCCUUCCCAUCAAGCCCGCCUCUCUGUUCCACGGUGCCCCUGCCAGGGCAGAGGAAUCAGCCAGCGCACAUGGUCACACCCCCAACGGCGGGAACCGCAUCCACGAGGCAGGGACCUGUUCUAAGAGCCUUGCCGACAGCCCGCUGUUAACAAAGAAGGUGUACGGUCAUGGGAUGGAGAAAUCGGCCAGCUUGGGAGAGAUCAACAACGCUCUGGCAGGCAUGUCCCAAUCCGAGUCCUCCCGGUCACUCAGCCCCACUUCCACUGAGCCCGACACUCCCUCCCCGACUGGGGAAACCAAGCAGGAGGCUUCUGGAAAAACAAGCCGCAUCCCACAGCUCUCCACUAAGAAGAGCCCCCUGGAGGAGGACAGCGCUUCCACAGGAGAAGACACCGACACCAACGUCAGCCGGAAGAAACACACAUUCAAGAUAUUUAAGAAACAGAAGAAGUAACGUGUUUCAGAAUUUCACAUGGCAAAGGGGUUAUGUUUUUAUUUUUAUUGGUUGUUUGUUGUUUUUUUUAUGUAGAGAAAGAAGGGUUGAUGAAAAAACAAACUUUAUUGCGAGAUAUAAAUGGCCGGUUUGUAGCGGCUGGAACACUGUCUUGAUGAGAUUUGAGGGUCCUUGUACUGAGGAGCUGAAAGAAACUAGGAAAUUAUUUUUGGGAGGGGGUGCAAGGUGUAAAGCGCUAUUUAUUCUGCAGGAAUUGGUGCCAGUCUUUUACAAGUUUAAGGGAAAAUUAAUGCCCUGGUUCGGUUCUAAAUUCAUUUGAGUACAUUUUUUAGUUUGCAUGCCUUUAUUUAAUUUUUUAUUGUGAUUGACGCAGUGGGUGUUUGCUUGCUUCUUGUUGUGUUUCGCUUAACAACCAGCACAGAAAAAUACAAUUUGUUAGUGAGGGGCGUUCAAUAUUAGUGAGACCAAAAAAAAACAGACUAUUACUGAAUCUCUCUUUUAAGAGUAAUCAGACAAUGUUUAACGCAGUAUCUUGUGGUGUACUGUAGCUGAUUAGAAAGGGGUCUAACCUAGAAUGUCAUUAAAAUUCAAACAAAUCAAUUUACAUUUUGUCGGAGGAAAAUCUCCAGCUCCAAAUUAGAUUAAAAAAAAAGCGGGGGGGGGAGUUGGGGUGGGGGAGGGCUAGGGUAUUUUUUUUUUCUCUCGCUGAUAAUUCAUUAAACCUAAAUUUGGUCUCAAAACAGGGAACAGUGCCCAUAUGAAUGCUGAAAUUGCUCCAGUGUUUGCUGUGUUGUUUCUUUUAUGCAUGACUCAAUAAAAACCAGGGACCUUUUUCAACGGUGCUCUCGUGUACCACGGCUGUCAGGGAGAGCUGAAAUGGAGUGAACUCGACUGACAUCUCGUGAAAACAAACUUCCUGAGGAUGGUGAAUGCUGUGCUAUUAGUUCAGGUGGAGGGAUGAGUUAGCAACAACAACAAAAACUCAUUUUGCUGAACUUUGUCUGCAUUAGUCAAAUAAUCCGGUCAUUUGAGAUUUACAAAAUCAUUCCUAAGGGUUACCAGACUGUUGCUUCCUUCCACCAACUGUAGCACAGCUGUCAAAUGACCCAGAAUGUGCUGGGUCAUUGGACAGCAACCAACUUUCUGCCUGCUAAAGCUUACCAUAGUACACCCAUGAUCUCAUGGAUUGAAAUCAAAGUGUCUUCCCACAAUCCAGAGCUCAGUGGAGGAGUGAAAUGGUUAGGUGAUCUUAGGAAAACAUUUUUAUUUUAUUUUGUUUGAUCUUCACACGUCUGAUGCGUCAGUUUGUUUUGUCAGUCGGGGUCAGACAGUGCCAAGUUUCCAUGGUUACCUGAGAAUCGUGGCAGCUCUUUGUGCAAUGCAUCUUAUAGUACUUUGAAAUACGGUUCUGGGACUGAUUUGAAAAGUACAGCACAGGAAUUUAAAUUCCAUUCUUGACUCAGCUGUUUGCCUGAUCUGAAUCCAGUAUACAUUAUAUCUUUGUGUGUUUGUGUAUAUGCACACUGUAAAAUCAGAAAUGUAUGAAAAUGGUUAAAUAUAUUUUAAUGUGUUUGUCAGAAAAAAAAUGUUUCUUCAAGUUGUAAUAAUCAAAUUAUGAGGACAAAUUACCACAAUAAUAAUGUGUUCUGGCAUUAACUUAUUUUUUAUUGUCACCAUUCAGUGUGGUAAGGUGUAUUUUUUUCCCCCAUAGCAGGUGACUAAUAUAACCCCGUACAAAAAAUAGACAGUUUGAAAGCUUUGUUUGAACAGAGUUGUCAAAAUAAGGGCUAUGUGAAAGAGCUGAACCUAAAAUACACAAAAAGGUAUCAUUUUAUGCUGUUUUCACACAACCCUUCUUUAAGAAUGUUAGGCAAAGUUGUCUCUGGUGUCCUCUGAAAUAUCUUGGUUUAAGAGAUCCACAAAGUGUUAGAAACUCCAGACGCUGGUGCAUGUCAGCUUCCUGUGUGACGGUAUAGAAUAGUGUCAUUUCACCCGGCACACUUAAUUUGCUCAGGAACACCUUAGCAGCUCAGCAGCUGUUGCCCAGGCCCACCACUUCCUAGCUAACUUUGUAAGAUAGUGUGGUCAGAGUGGAGUAGAAAUGGAUCAAGGAAAACCUGCCAAAAACACGACGGUCCACACGUUUGUUUGCAUGCCCUGUCGCUGUUUAACCCUUUGAUUCCCAACGGCCUUCCUGAACAGUAAAUCCGUGCACCCUUGGGAAUCGAAGGAUUAUUGGCUGCUGAAAGCACUACUGUAUUUGCACCCGCAGAGCAUUGAGCUGCUAUCUUUGAACUGAAACAAGCAUCCACAUACUGUACCAGCACAGGGGGUCUUUACUGGUUUUAUUUCCUUUUAGUGCAUGGUUCUUGUAAUGCCAGGUGACGUCUCUCUAGUGCUCAGUUUCAUUGUACACUUGCAACAGCUUUAAAUGUAAAAAAAAAAAAAAAAAAAAAAAAACAAGAGUGGUUCUCGUCCCUGUCCUGUAAAACCGUUUUACUGGUAAUUUCAUUGGUCAGAAAGGUUUUAAUGUACUGAGUUGUCUCAAAGACCCAUUUCUCCCCUUGAUCAGUCUGAAAGUCUACCCUUUUGGAAGGACAACAAGCUGUUAUUGGUGUGCACAUUUGUACCAGAGCUUUAGAAGCCCCAGACUGGCUGAGCCAGGAACAGGCUUCACUGACAGGCAGUAGAGACUGGGAUAGAGGUAAAUGUCUGCAGCUGCUUCAGUCCUGCCUCCCCCAGCAAAGUGUCACUUGAGAAAGUGGACAGUGAAUAGCAGCCAUGGAAAAUUGGCCAUAAAUACUAAAGUCACCACUGAAAAUAAGUGGACACAGAAAAUAGUGUCACUGCUCUUGCACAGACACUUGUAAAGAGCGGCUGCCAACAGGUUAUCAACAUUUCAAUCUAAAUCUGCUCAUCAGGUUUUGGAGCUACUUAAGGUGAGCUGACAUGCUACACUCACAUAGGUGCAUAACCUUGCACAGAUCUCUUACCCAGACAUUCUCGCGCACUCAUAUUCACACACGUGUCUCCACGCGCACACAGAGCUGCUGUAAUUGGAGCUUCAAACAGGAGGCUUCAGUGUCUCUGGGGCUACUUACUGAAAUGGAGAUUCCUUCACAGAAAUACCCUCACAGUUAAUUACACACGUGUCCCUAUAUAUACUCCUGUGUACCCACAUCCUGUGUUGAAUAGGAGUUUCUCUGUGCCUUCUGAGAGUGUAAUUUGGUUCCCAAAACUUUGCUUUCAAAGUUUGUAACUCUGGAGACCACAUUGAAACCAAAAUAAUGCUGCGUACUGCAUUUGACAUUGGAAAAUAGCUGUUUUUUAUUGUUUGUACUGUACAUACUGAUGUUUCUAAGAAUGUGUUCAUGUACUGAGUUGUGUCUCACCAACCCCUUUCUCCCCUGAAUCAAAAUAUUUUUUUUUUCUGCAAGUCACAUUUUUGUAAAGAGCCAUUGUUUGCCAGUGAAUACUAGUAAUAGUAAGUCUGGGUUGUCUGAAAGUUCACUUUUACAUGGAAAUGAAUAGAAUAUGGGUUGAACCACUGUUACACGGAGCACCUCAAUUAACUGUGUGUGUAAAGACCCAGUUGUAUGUUUGACGCUGUCUGUCUUGUCUAUUCUCCUGUCUGUCACCAUCACCAGGCUGCUCUCUUGGUAGUGGUGUGAAGCUUUUUGUCAGCGCAUGCUACCUGCUGUCUUGGCUUAAUCAGGGUGAAGGGAAAGACGUUUUCAGGUGUUUUAUUUUUUUAUUUUUUUGUUUUCUGUUGUCCCUUCUGCUUAUGUUUAUGAAAUAAGUAAAACUUUGUACCAAGUUCUGCAUCUGCUGUAACCUUCUGGACACUAGUCUCCAGAACUUUUUGGCACUCCUGCAUGAAGCAAUAAACUAUUUUGAAUGAAA